AAGACCUGGCGCCCCCAGCCCGCGAGAUCGGGCGCGCGCAGGACGGCCGGGACACCCCGCUGGGGAUGCGCCGAGGGCCCCGCAUUCGCGCCGCCCAGAGCUAGGGCUCUGCCCGGAGCCCAUGAGCACCAUGCGCCUGCUGACACUCGCCCUGCUUUUCUCCUGCUCCUUUGCCCGUGCCGCCUGCGACCCCAAGAUUGUCAACAUCGGAGCCGUGCUGAGCACGCGAAAGCAUGAGCAGAUGUUCCGUGAGGCCGUGAACCAGGCCAAUAAGCGGCAUGGCUCCUGGAAGAUUCAGCUCAACGCCACCUCGGUCACCCACAAGCCCAACGCCAUCCAGAUGGCCCUGUCGGUGUGCGAGGACCUCAUCUCCAGCCAGGUCUACGCCAUCCUAGUUAGCCACCCACCUACCCCCAACGACCACUUCACUCCCACCCCCGUCUCCUACACAGCCGGCUUCUACCGCAUCCCCGUCCUGGGGCUGACCACCCGUAUGUCCAUCUACUCAGACAAGAGCAUACACCUGAGCUUCCUUCGCACGGUGCCGCCCUACUCCCACCAGUCGAGCGUCUGGUUCGAGAUGAUGCGCGUCUACAGCUGGAACCACAUCAUCCUCCUGGUCAGCGACGACCACGAGGGCAGGGCCGCCCAGAAGCGCCUGGAGACGCUGCUGGAGGAGCGCGAGUCCAAGAGUAAAAAAAGGAACUAUGAAAACCUCGACCAACUGUCCUAUGACAACAAGCGUGGACCCAAGGCUGAGAAGGUGCUGCAGUUCGACCCGGGGACCAAGAACGUGACGGCGCUGCUGAUGGAGGCACGCGAGCUGGAGGCCCGGGUCAUCAUCCUCUCUGCCAGCGAGGACGACGCCGCCACCGUGUACCGCGCAGCCGCGAUGCUGAACAUGACAGGCUCCGGGUAUGUGUGGCUGGUGGGGGAGCGAGAGAUCUCGGGGAACGCCCUGCGCUACGCCCCGGACGGCAUCAUCGGACUGCAGCUCAUCAAUGGCAAGAACGAGUCGGCCCACAUCAGUGACGCCGUCGGUGUGGUGGCCCAGGCGGUGCACGAACUCCUGGAGAAGGAGAACAUCACCGACCCACCUCGGGGCUGCGUGGGCAACACCAACAUCUGGAAGACAGGGCCGCUCUUCAAGAGGGUGCUGAUGUCCUCCAAGUACGCAGACGGGGUGACAGGCCGUGUGGAGUUCAACGAGGACGGGGACCGGAAGUUCGCCAACUACAGCAUCAUGAACCUGCAGAACCGCAAGCUGGUGCAAGUGGGCAUCUACAACGGCACCCACGUCAUCCCCAACGACAGGAAGAUCAUCUGGCCAGGUGGAGAGACAGAGAAGCCCCGAGGGUACCAGAUGUCCACCAGGCUGAAGAUUGUGACGAUCCACCAGGAGCCUUUCGUGUACGUCAAGCCCACGCUGAGCGAUGGCACAUGCAAGGAGGAGUUCACGGUCAAUGGGGACCCGGUGAAGAAGGUGAUCUGCACAGGACCCAAUGACACGUCACCGGGCAGCCCACGCCACACAGUGCCUCAGUGCUGCUAUGGCUUCUGCAUUGACCUGCUCAUCAAGUUGGCGCGGACCAUGAACUUCACUUAUGAGGUGCACCUGGUGGCCGAUGGCAAGUUUGGCACUCAAGAGCGGGUGAACAACAGCAAUAAGAAGGAGUGGAACGGGAUGAUGGGCGAGUUGCUCAGCGGGCAGGCGGACAUGAUCGUGGCGCCCCUGACCAUCAACAAUGAGCGUGCACAGUACAUCGAGUUCUCCAAGCCCUUCAAGUACCAGGGCCUGACCAUUCUGGUCAAGAAGGAGAUCCCCCGAAGCACGCUGGACUCGUUCAUGCAGCCCUUCCAGAGCACACUGUGGCUGCUGGUGGGGCUAUCGGUGCACGUGGUGGCGGUGAUGUUGUACCUGCUGGACCGCUUCAGCCCCUUCGGCCGGUUCAAGGUGAACAGUGAAGAGGAGGAGGAGGACGCGCUGACCCUGUCUUCGGCCAUGUGGUUCUCCUGGGGUGUCCUGCUCAACUCGGGUAUCGGGGAAGGCGCCCCCCGAAGCUUCUCAGCGCGCAUCCUGGGCAUGGUGUGGGCCGGCUUCGCCAUGAUCAUCGUGGCCUCCUACACCGCCAACCUGGCGGCCUUCCUGGUGCUGGACCGGCCCGAGGAGCGCAUCACCGGCAUCAACGACCCGCGGCUGCGGAAUCCCUCGGACAAGUUCAUCUACGCGACUGUGAAGCAGAGCUCGGUGGACAUCUACUUCCGGCGGCAGGUGGAGCUGAGCACCAUGUACCGACACAUGGAGAAGCACAACUAUGAGAGCGCGGCCGAGGCCAUCCAAGCCGUGCGCGACAACAAGCUUCAUGCCUUCAUCUGGGACUCCGCGGUGCUGGAGUUUGAGGCCUCGCAGAAGUGCGACCUAGUGACCACUGGCGAGCUGUUCUUCCGCUCAGGCUUCGGCAUCGGCAUGCGCAAGGACAGCCCCUGGAAGCAGAACGUCUCCCUGUCCAUCCUCAAGUCCCACGAGAACGGCUUCAUGGAAGACCUGGACAAGACGUGGGUGCGGUACCAGGAGUGUGACUCGCGCAGCAACGCCCCUGCUACCCUUACCUUCGAGAACAUGGCAGGGGUCUUCAUGCUGGUGGCUGGGGGCAUUGUGGCCGGCAUCUUCCUGAUCUUCAUUGAGAUCGCCUACAAGCGACACAAGGACGCUCGCCGGAAGCAGAUGCAGCUAGCCUUUGCCGCGGUGAACGUGUGGAGAAAGAACUUGCAGGAUAGAAAGAGUGGUAGAGCAGAGCCCGACCCUAAAAAGAAAGCCACAUUUAGGGCUAUCACCUCCACCCUGGCUUCCAGCUUCAAGAGACGUAGGUCCUCCAAAGACACGCAGUAUCAUCCCACUGAUAUCACGGGCACGCUCAACCUCUCAGAUCCCUCGGUCAGCACCGUGGUGUGAGGCCCCCGGAGGCGCCCACCUGCCCAGUUAGCCCGGCCAAGGACACUGAUGGGUCCUGCUGCUCGGGAAGGCCUGAGGGAAGCCCACCCGCCCAAGACUGCCCACCCUGGGCCUCCCGUCUGUCUGUCCGCCCUGCUGCCUGGCGGGCAGCCCCUGCUGGACCGAGGCUCGGACCAGAGCGGCUGAGGACAGGCCAGAGCUGAGCUGGCUGGGCAGGGCCACAGGGCACUCCGGCAGAGGCAGGGCCCUGGGGUCUCUAAGCAGUGGGGAGAGGGGCUAACCUGGCCAGAGGGGCUUGGAGCAGAGACUGAAGCCCCAUCCUUCUCCAGCCACUACCAGAGCCACAGUGGGGGUGCGAGGCCCCAACUGGCUGGGCCACCCCCUCCUCCAGCGCCUGCUCCUGGCAGCCUCAGCUCCACCCCUCUUUUCUGACCCAUUUCCCUUCUCUGCUUGACCCUAGCCAUCCAGCUGGCCCUGCCCGUCCCCCAGUGGCAGACUCUGACCCUCAGCUGGCAGCUGCCUCCUAGGAGCGCGCUGGGGUUCCCCCACUGCCUCCGACCUUCUCCAAUCCCCACGAGGGCUGGGCCAGCUAUUCGCGUCCUCCAGCCCGCAGCCCAAGAUAGGCUCCCCGCCCCCGCCAACCACCACACUGGCUCGGGACUGUCCUCAGCCCUGCCCGCCAACCUGUACAGGCCCAGCCCUUCCCGUGUCGAGCGCGUGCCUUCCCCAUGCGGCCCGUGCGCAGCCGCGCGCUGCCCCUCCGCCCGGGGGCCCGGCGCGCGCCGCCCCCUGACCCGGUGUGUGCAGUGGUGAUGUCUAAAGGAAUGUCACGGAA